AGGUCACAGCCGCGCAAGGGAUUGCUGGGAGGAAUCACAUGGUGAUCGGGCUGUAGGAAGGAGGUAAGCGCUCGGGCGGUUCUUCAUCUGUUUCAGUGUCUUCGUCUGGCCUAUUAAUAUUGAUAAGAUGGCAUCAAACCAAGAACUUACCUCUGACCAACGAUUUAGUCGGGUCACAAAAGACCCUAGAUUUUGGGAGAUGCCAGAAAAAGACAAGAAAAUUAAAAUUGAUAAACGUUUCCGGGCUAUGUUCCAUGACCAGAAGUUCAAUCUUCAAUACACUGUGGACAAACGGGGGCGUCCUGUCAACCACAACACCACAGAAGACCUGAAACGCUAUUAUGAUCUUUCUGAUUCCGACGAGGAUGUGUUACCCGAUAAAGAAACUGCUCUAGAUACCAAGAAAGAGAAGAAGAAAGCAAAACAGAAGAAGAAAGAUGAGCCAGAGUCCAAAAACACCUCUGCAAAAAUCAAGGAGAAAAAAGGUGCAGUAACGCCUGAGGAAGUGAAUAAGAGCAAAGUCGAGAAAAAAGUGAAAACUAAAGGAAAUAUUCUGCUUAAGCAAAUAAACAUAGAGGAAGAAGUCAAGACUAAGGAGGAACCAUCCACCAGUGUCACCACAAAAAGCGGUCAGAAGUCUACAAAAGUCAUAGAGCAAGAGGAAUCGGAGGAAGAAUCAGGGCUUGAAGAUGAGAGUGAUGAAUACAGCAGUGGUGAAGUCCACUCUCAUGAAGAGAUGAGCGGUAUGGAACUAGAGGAAGAUGAGGAAAGUGAUGGAGAAAGUGAAGAUGGUAAUGAUUCUGAAGGAGAAGAGUCCGAAGAGGCAGAGUCUGAAGGAGCUGAGGAUGAUGAUGAGGAGGCUAGUUCUGGAGAAGAGGAGGACAGUGACAGUGGUCCAGAUCUGGCCCGAGGUAAAGGAAACAUUGAAACCAGUUCUGAAGAAGAAGACGAUGAAGAGGAUGAUGAGCUUGACUUGAGAAAAGAAGUUGAAAUUGAGCAUUCUUGGAGAGAAAUGGACAAAGAUGCUCCUCGCGGGGAUGAGGUGACCAGACGAUUGGCUGUUUGUAACAUGGACUGGGAUCGACUGAAAGCUAAAGACCUGCUGGCGCUCUUCAACUCCUUUAGACCUAAAGGCGGGAUUGUGUUUUCUGUAAAGAUUUACCCCUCAGAGUUUGGCAAGGAGAAACUGAAGGAGGAAGAACUUCAUGGACCUUCAGAACUAAAGAACAUAUCAGAAGAUGUAUCAGAAGAACAAAAACUUAACAAGGAGCGGUUGCGUGAAUACCAGUUUAAACGUCUGAAGUACUACUUUGCGGUGGUAGAGUGUGACACCCCAGAGACCGCCAAUAAAAUCUACGAGGAGUGUGACGGGCUGGAGUUCGAAAGCAGCUGUUCUUUUGUAGAUCUAAGGUUCAUUCCUGAUGAAGUGCAGUUUGACGAUGAGCCUAAAGAUGCGGCUGUGGACGUGGACCUCUCUGCUUAUACACCAAAAUAUUUCACAUCUGCAGCUAUGGUAACUUCUAAGGUGGAGUUGACUUGGGAUGAAACUGAUCAGGAGCGAGUCACAACUUUGAAUAGACCCUUCAAAAAAAAUGAAAUUCUUGACAUGGAUUUUCAGGCAUAUUUAGCAUCCUCUAGUGAAGAAGAAGAGGAGAUUGAACAAGAAACAGAAGUUUCUGCUAAGCCUGAAGAUGUGAAGUGUAAAAAAGGCUCAAAAGAUGAUGACGAACAAAUAGAACGCUACAGGCAGCUGGUUAAAGGCAUCCAGGAAAAAGAGAAGAAGCAGCAGGAAAAGGAUGUAGAAAUGGAAGUAAAGUGGGUGCCGGGGCUCAAGGAAAGCGCAGAACAGAUGGUUAAAAACAAACUAGAAGGAAAAGAUAAACUAACUCCAUGGGAAAAGUACCUGCAGAAGCAAAAAGACAAAAAGAAAUUGAAGAGGAAGAAGAAGGAGAGUGUAGAAGAGUCUACCGAUGAGGAUGACGUCCCAUCUGAUGUUGAUUACAAUGACCCAUUCUUCUCUGAGGAGCUGAAGAAACCAGGUCUGCAGAAGACAUCUGUUGGUGGUAAGAAACAGGAGGACCAGGAGUCAUCUGCAGAUGAAGAAGAGAAAGAAAAACAGAAAGCGGAAAUGGCAUUGCUCAUGAUGGACGAUGUUGAGGACGAGCGUAAGCAUUUCAAUUAUGAUCAGAUCGUAGAGCAGCAGAACCUAAGUCGCAGCAAGAAGAAGAAGCUGAAGAAGAAAGAUAAACUGGUGGAAGAUGACUUCCAGAUAAAUGUUGAAGAUUCAAGAUUCCAGGCGCUGUACACAUCACAUUUAUACAACGUGGAUCCUUCAGAUCCCAACUUCAAGAAAACCAAAGCCAUGGAAAAAGUAUUAGUAGAAAAAGCAAAGAGGAGAGAAAAAGAGCAGAAGAAUUACACAGAGACCGUAAAGAGACAGCAGGAAAACCUGGAGACUGGUGAUAAAACAGGAAAAUCCGCUAGAAAAGCAGUAGAUCCAGCUCUGUCGUUACUGCUGAAAUCCAUAAAGACUAAAACCCAGCAAUUUCAAGCAUCAAAAAAACAGAAAACAAAAUAGUUCUUGGACUCUGACAGAUGUACAUGUCACUCAGUGGGGGAGAUUUAUUAAACUGGUGUAAAGUAGAACUGGCUUAGUUGCCCAUAGCAACCAAUCAGAUUCCACCUUUUUUAUUUUCCAAUUGAGCUGUAAGCUGGAUUUCUGAUUGGUUGCUAUGGGCAACUAAGCCAGUUCAACUUUACACCAGUUUGAUAAAUCUCCCCCAGCAUCCUACAACACACAGGUCUCUGAAGAAGAGACAAUUUUCUGUACUGUAUAUAGCUGCACAGAAAUAAACCGCUUUAUAGUUCA